UCAUCACUGUGGAAUUUCUGGUAUGAGAAGGCAGAGCAGCGUCAGAGUAGAGAGAAGAUCCUUGCUGAACUGCUGUAAUCAUGAAGACAGUGAUUUUAAUUGUCCUAAUUAUCUUCACUUUGCUGUCUUCAGGGAAGAAAUUCCGAUGGUGCACCCUUUCUGACCUAGAACAGAGAAAGUGUGCUGAACUGUCCAAAGCACUUAUGGCUGUGCUGCCCCUUGCUGUCAAUUCGUUUGCUAGGAUUUCUUGCAUCAGAGCCCACAAUACAUAUGACUGCAUUGAUAAAAUCAGGGCGAAUAAAGCAGAUGCUGCCUCCUUGGAUGCUGGAGAUGUUUACUCUGCUGUAAAGCUGUAUGGUCUGACAGUGGUGGCAAAGGAGGUCUAUGACCAAGUCACAGGAAAUUGUGUGUUUGCUGUGGCGAUUGCCAAACGAGGAACUCUGGAUAUCCAAAGGCUACGAGGUGCACGCAGCUGCCACAAUGGAGCCAGAUGGACAUCAGGCUGGAAUAUUCCACUUGGCUUUCUCCUUGCAAGAAAUGAUCUUUCCUGGGAUGAAGCACAGCCUCUGAGCCAAGUAAUCAGUGAGUAUUUCAAUGCAAGUUGCAUCCCUGGAGUUGGUGUUGCUGCUCCUCGACUGUGUGCUCUCUGCCAAGGACAAAAGUCCUAUGUCAGAGAUAAGAACCACUUCUGUGAGACCAGCAGUAACGAACCCUUCUAUGACUCUGAGGGUGCCUUCAGAUGCUUGAAGAAUGGAGUGGCAGAUGUUGCCUUUUUAGAUCAUCUAACAAUUACAAGUGCCACAGACUCAGAACAACAGGAAUAUGAACUCUUAUGUCCCGAUGGGACUACAGCUGAGCUGACUGAAUACAGCACCUGUAACUUGGGCAAGGGACCUGGCCGUGGAAUCGUCACCCGCCACAACUUCCAGAAGAUUACCAACAAAUUUCUUAGCAUGAUCCAACGCCUCUUUGGGCGAAAAGGAAAGGAAAGAGCCAGAUUUGAACUCUUCACCUCAGGACCCUUUGGGGGAAAGAACCUGCUGUUCCGAGAUGCCACUCAGCACCUGCAACUUCUCGAGGACCAGCUAGAGAUUGCCUAUGUCCUUGGUCUGGAUUAUGUAGCUCUCCUUAAGGGACUAGGCCAUGAAGGGAGCUCUUUGGAUAACAGUGUUGUGCGCUGGUGCUGCAUCAGUGAUGCUGAGCUACGCAAAUGUGAGGAGUGGGCACUGAGCAUCAAAUCUGAUCCAUUAGUCUGUGUCCAAGCAACUUCCAUGACCAAAUGCAUUGAAAUGAUCAAGAGUAGUGAGGCUGAUGCAGUCACCCUGGAUGCAACACAUGUCUACAUUGCAGGGAGGUGUGGAUUGGUGCCUGUAGCUGUAGAAUGUUACGGGGGAGAUUGUGUCCCAGCUGCUGAGAGCACAGAGAAAUCAGGGAAACUAAUUCAUCUUAAGCACAAAGCAUUGCCACCUGUUUAUGCUGUUGCCCUAGCUAAGAAAAACACCAAACAGAUCAACAUCCAUAACCUUAAGGGAAAGAGAUCCUGCCACAGUCACCUGUAUAGUCCUGGAGGGUGGUUGAUUCUUUCCAGAUACACAGUGGGAGCUCUGAAGAAUGAUACUGAGAUCUGUGACAUUGGCUCUGCUUAUCAGAACUACUUUUGGAAGGGCUGCAUGCCAGGAGCAGAUGGAAACUUGUGCAAGGUGUGCAUUGGAGACAGUGAGGUGGAAGGGGCUCGAAUAUCUAGCAGAUGUGCUGCAGGUCACAACGAACAUUACUAUGGCAAUAUGGGAGCACUCAGGUGCCUAGUUGGCAAUCCCAGUGGAAGAAGCUUCGGAGAUGUAGCUUUCCUGGAACAUUCUAAUCUACUCCAGAACAUACAGAAUCUGGACAGCUCUGGUUGGGCAAAAGGUUAUACCCCCAUUGACUUUGAACUCUUGUGUCCGGAUGGAACACGUGCUGCGGUCACAGAAUGGGCAGGCUGUAACCUUGGCCCCAUUCCCCCCAGCACAGUCAUGACUCGACCAGUUACUGUCACUAAAAUCUAUGACUUUCUAAUGAAAUCCCAGGAAUCUCUGGGAAGCAAACUGGAUUCUGAAUUCAAUCUCUUUCAGUCAUGGAAGUAUGGUGAAAGUGAUCUGCUUUUCAAAGAUACCACUCAGUACCUUGUCCAUGCAAGUCACAUGAGCUAUCAGGAAAUUCUUGGAGUGUCCUUCUUUCAGCUGGCAGAAUCAGUGUUUAAUUGUACACCUGCAGGCAUCUUGGACUUCUGCAAACAGGACAUCUGUGCAUCCUCAUCGAACUGAUGGCUAAGACAGAGGCUUUGCAAGGCACAUCACCAUCGAUACUGAAAAAAAGGAAACAGCAAAUCGAACCUACCCAAAGCAAUUUAGCAAGGAAACAGUCAUCUCUAGAAAUCUAUGCUGGAUACUCUUUUUUUUUUUUUUGGUUGUUUGUUUUUUUUUAAAAGCAGACUUCAUGUUUAUGAUAAUGUAAUACUACCCAUAUGUCAGCCCUUUCUUGUUUGGAGCAUCACAUCUCAUGAAAAGCACAGGCCAGCCUGCAUAACCCACAGGACAGAACUAGGAUCAGCAAUUCUGUUCACCUACUACGGAGAAAUUAGCAGUUUUGUGGAAAUAGCAGGGCCAAUACCGUGGACUAAAAUACAGACUGUCAUGAGUGGCACAGGUUAGUUGGCAGCAAUUUACCUUGCUUGUCCUAUAAACUGUUUCCAUGCAAAAAACCAAUCAACUGACAUUUUGGUAGUUGUAGCAUUGUCCUCCUAUAUCCGUAAUUUUGGUUGCAACUAGAGAGUCCUUGCUGAAUACAUAUAUAUGCUAUAAAUUGUAUAUGUAAUUGCCAUCAGAAUCAGUAGUAUUUUCUGCUUUUAACUGGGAAGAAGUAUUUGCCUUUUUAAUGAAGGAUUUAUACCAGUAAAUAAAAACAUUUUUCUCUCA